CGUGGAUCCACCUUUGCUCACAUUCUGAUUCAUCGUCUAGCAAGGUUUCUCAGCACCAUGUCAGUCACUGCUCCCAUAUUCGACAAGGCAGACCCAAAAUCCAAGCAAUUGUUCCCUUACCACCUCCCCUUGACUCAAGAAUGGGCAGAAGAGAAGUCGUUCUUCGGUAACACCAUGAUGAUGGGAUCAGGAGCUGGGAUGUUCUUGAAGAACCCACUGAUCGUCUACGCUGCUCUCAUCAUCUCUGUCAUCACUCUGGUCGGCUCGUCUCCUCUGCGUGCGCCAAAGGAUAUGCAAUCGCCGCUCAUGGGUAUCGGCCUCGGUCUCAUGGGUCUGAUCACUGUCAACCUCCCCCGACUGAUGAGCUAAAGCGUGAUAGGCUAGAUCCGGAUCAGAGUCGCAGACUCGAAUAUACCUUGUAUUAUGGGCAGAUGGUUAUGCAAAAUCUUGAUUUGAACGACGUAGCUCAAACAUGCAGUUCGGCUCUGCCUGGC